AUGCGUGACGUGAUCAAUCUUGUCGAUAGCGAGGAUGCCGGCGCACACGUACCCGCGGUAAAAAACGACUGCAAUUGGACCGAGGAUGUCACGGCUGUGGGGAGGAAGUGCUGUUUGGAAGCAGCUAUGUCUCCUCUGCCCGGUCAUGAUCAUACGUCCAGUUCCACAGCCUCUUCGGACGGCAAAGGGGGUGCAGAUCCAGCAGCGAAAGGAGGAAAGUCAACGAAAAGGACGGGUCCUAGCUAUGUAUAUUACCGUCUGUACACCAAACUCGGUGCAUUUGAAUCGAAUCACGCCCUCUACCAGAACGACCGUUUCAUUGGCCACAUUCCGUCGAAAUUGUUUGCCCCUCCUCACAUGGUCACGUCUUUCAGGCGGACCUUGUGCAAACUUGAGGGCCCCUCGGAGCCCGACAAGGCCCUUGUCUUCACACCGCUCUCAAGCCCAGCACCCAAAGAAGACUCUGCCCACCUAUCUCUUUAUGGUCCUUCUGGGCCAGGCCUGUCUGAACAAGAUCCGAUCGCGCUGGUUGUCGAGUCGGAGAAGAGAAUCAAGGACGUUACACAGCCAGAGAAGCUCCCGGAACGCUCUGAUGAUACCAAUAUCCAUUACGGCAAUGCACUCAGCAGCUUCGCAGUAUACUAUCGCGUUUACUCAGCAGAAGGAGAAGGAGAUGAAGAAAAGGCAAAGACAUCCUUUGACGAGAGUGACAUAUCGUUAGGGCGCAUCAACGCCGUCUUCAUCGCUCCCCCUCUUACCGCUGGGUCUUUGAAAGCAUGCAUCACAAAAGCUGAAGGCCUCGUCACACCCGGUCAUGCGCUCUACAAGGACAUGGAACUCUUCCAAGACAUGACUAGUGACACUGCCAUGAACGACACCAACAUCAUAUCCUUCCAAGAUGACGCUUAUCCGGGUAGUGAUGAAGAUGAUCCCGUAGCCCUUGUCAAUGCAACCGCCGAUACAGCAGCGGAUCAAAAGGCUAAGCCUACAUCAGAUAAAGUUCUCAGUGAAUAUCCACUAGACACUGCAGCAACAAACUGUGCUUUUCCAGAUGGACCAGAUCCAAAAUUCACGAAACGUGCUCGGGCAAAGCGUGAUUGGACACCUGAGGAAGUAAACAAGUCCACCUGGCUAUCAAUGAUCAAAGAUGAGAUUGUUCACACAGAUGGAAUUGUUGAUGCUUUAUCGGAACAGAUAUUUAUUCAGGAUACAUGGUGA